AUGGUGGCUUGUCAAACUUAUUGUCUAUACUUGCAGGAUGCUGAUAUAUUGUGGUUUCGACAACCAUUUGCACAUUUUUAUCCUGACACUGAUUUCCAAAUAGCUUGCGACCAUUAUUGGUAUGAUUCUUUUGAUUUGGACAACUCACCGAAUGGAGGUUUCAAUUUUGUGAAAUCAAAUAAUCGUAGCAUCCAAUUUUACAAGUUUUGGUAUGAUGCAAGAGAGGCUCAUCCAGGAAAAAUGGAUCAAGAUGUACUCAACAUGAUAAAACACGACCCUUUUGUUAAAGAAAUUGGAUUGAAAAUAAGGUUUUUGGACACUGCUCUUUUUGGGGGAUUUUGUGAGCCUAGUAAAGAUCUCAAUUUUGUUUGCACAAUGCAUGCAAAUUGUUGUAUAGGACUUGAAAAUAAAAUACAUGACCUAACUAUGGCCAUUGAUGAUUGGAAAAAGUUUAUGGCUUUACCUGCUGAUGAAAGGAUGUCAAAGCCACAAAUUUGGACUGUUCCAAGAAUCUGUGGUUAA